GUAAAAACUGUACCAAAACCUCUCAUCAGAGCAAACGCUCAGCUAAGCUAAAAAACAUACAUUUCUCGCUCGUCGGCUCACGUUUGCGGCCACUGUUUUUUCUGUUCUCCAUUUGUAACUUGCUAGUCCACUCAGCCCCGAGUUAAGUUAAUCACGUAAUUAAGUGUUUAGAUAGAGGAGAGAUGAAUAAGAAGAAGAAUCCUCUCGUAUUCUUAGAUGUGUCCAUCGACGGAGAUCCUGCCGAAAGGAUUUUUAUCGAGCUUUUCGCAGAUGUUGUCCCCAGGACUGCCGAGAAUUUUCGGGCACUCUGUACAGGUGAAAAGGGUACUGGAAAAACCACUGGGAAACCUCUGCACUACAAGGGCUCUUCUUUCCAUCGAAUAAUCAAAGAAUUCAUGGCCCAAGGUGGUGACUUUUCGAAGGGAAAUGGUACUGGUGGAGAAAGCAUCUAUGGAGGGAAGUUUGCAGAUGAGAAUUUUAUACUGAGGCAUGAAGGAGAAGGUCAUCUCUCUAUGGCAAAUAGCGGUCCAAACACAAAUGGUUCCCAAUUCUUCAUAACAUUAAAGCCUCAGGCCCAUCUUGAUGGGAAACAUGUUGUCUUUGGAAAGGUAGUUAAGGGAAUGGACAUUGUGAAGAAAAUUGAACAGGUGGGAAGUGCCUGUGGCCAACCUGCCAGACCCGUAAAAAUUGUGGAUUGUGGUGAAACUUCUGAAAGUAAAAUUGAGGAUGCUGUUGGGAAAGAUACAGGAAAGAAUAAGAAAGCUGGGAAGCCUUCAGAUGAUGGUCCAAAUGUUCAAGUUAGAGGAAGAAGUAAAAAAUCCCUGAAGGAUACAAGGAAGAAAAGAAAAAGGAGAUACUCUUCAUCCAAUUCAGAUUCAUCUUCAUCUGAUUCUGAAACAUCAUCUUCAGAAUCAGAUUCUGAUUCAAGUUCAUCUAGUGAUGGAAGGCAUAAGAAAAGGAGGAGGUCAGCAAAAAGAGGUAAGUACCAUGGGAGAAAACAGAAGAAUGGACGAAGGGAAAGGAAGAGAGGGCGAAGUGAUAAACGAUCAAGGCAGAAAUCUAAAUGGAGUUCUGAGAGCUCAAGUGAUACAGAGACUGAUAGUUCUAGCACUACCAGCACAUCUGAUGAUAGAAGUCCUGUUGCUGCUCAUAAGACCAGUAACUCAACUCAGGCUGGAAAGAAAUCAAUUCAGAGUUCUGGUGCAAGUGGAAAAUCCCUGUCCCAUCUCUCCAAGAAAGAAGCUGUGGUGGAACAACACCAAAGGAAUCAAAAGCCCAUGAAAGCUGCAGGCAGCUCGCCACAUGAAGAAGGUGAAUUGUCUCCCAGGAAUGAUGAACAUCUAAAUAAUGGGCAUGGGAUGGAUUCUAAAUCGGGCGCAACUCCUAAUCAGCAUCCCCAUUCAGAUAACUCAAACAAAUCCAGGAGAGCAAUGCCAAGCUCCAAAAGUAGGCCAAACAAUACCCGCAGGAGCAGUCCUAGCAUGAGUCCUGAAGAAGUUUCCACAAGUCCAAGAUUCAGAAGUGACAGUAGAAGUCCAGUUAGGAAGUCUGGGGAGCUGAGCCAGGGAAGGUCAUCAAGGAGUCCACCGGGUAGUCCUGCCAACAAAGGCCGCCAUGAACCUUCUAUUACAAACCAGAGUCAAUCCCCAAAUGGUGCCCCCACGCGCAUUAGAAAAGGGCGUGGUUUCACCGAUCGUUAUGCAUUUGCACGGCGGUAUCGCACCCCGUCUCCCGAACGAUCCCCUCGGAGGUCCUACCGUUAUGGAGGAAGAAAUAUCAAUGGGAGGAACCGUGAUAGGCUGCCAAGCUACAGAAGUUAUUCUGAGCGCUCUCCACCAAGACGAUAUAUAAGUUCACCAAGAGGCAGGAGUCCCCCUAGGUAUGGAAGGCAGAGAAGUAGAAGCAGGAGUCCACGACGAAGUCCUACACCUGGUGAUAAGCGACCUUCCAUAAGCGAGGGUUUGAAAUCUCGAUUAGGUCCCCGAGUUGAUGAUAAGCCAUUUCCUAACAAAGGAAGACUGGGAUCCAGGUCCAGUUCCAGGUCUAGCAGCCGUGGAUCUUCUCAUUCUAGAUCUCCCGAUGCUGUACCACCAAAACGUCAAGGCAUAGCAGCUAGAGCUAGCAUGUCUCCAUCAAGCUCACCGUCUGAACAGCAAGCUUUAGUUUCCUACGGGGAUGCGAGUCCUGAUACUGAAAUGAGGUAGCCUUGAGAGGCCUUUUUGUCAUGGAAAAGGAGAACGGCAAUCUUUGCCAUGUUCAAAUUAUGGUGGUGGGCAAAGUUGGUGGGAGUUUAUGCUCUGUGUGUCUCUUAACUGGGGCCCAAAUGAACUUUCGUAUUUUUCUUUCUUGCUCUCCAUUUGAACACGAGGCUUCAGCAUUUCUUUUUUUCCGUUUCUGUUUCUGAUACAUGUACGACCUUCUUGCUCUUAAUAGUCGUUUCAAUUUCAAGAACGAUAGGAUAUUGAAGUUUUCGGAAAGAAAAAGUUUGACUAUCAUAA